AAGUUGUAAAAGCAUUUAUAUACUGUUCUUAUGAAUUUGACCAGAGAAAUGUAUGUCAUCUGGAAAUUACUAAACCCCAUCAAGCCUUUUGAUAUAAAGAAAAGAAUAGCUAGGAAAUCCUAAGUACCAAAGAGGUGUAAGAAAUGAGUACUAAUGAAGCAACAUCUCUGGUGGAUCUUCCAUCCCCAAUCUUGCUGGACAUUUUCUCAAGAUUACCUCCUCCCACAGUUUUAUAUGUCAAAAGUGUGUGUAGAACAUUUCAAAAUUUAUACUUACAUUCUGAAUUUCCAAAUUUAUUACACUCACCAUCUCCAUCUAGCAACAUCAUUGUUUUCCAAUCUAUAUCUGAUGGGAUUUCUUGUACCAACACUUUAAAGUACUUAAAAUUUGUUGAUAACCCUGAAGAUCAGGGUACUCAUGAAAUUUGUCAUGAUCCAAAUGUUGUUGACCUUGAUCUGCAACUAUACUUUCCCGCUGGUACAUUUUCCCUAAUUGGAUCAGUUCAUGGCUUCCUUUGUUUAAAUUACUUCCCUGAUUAUGUUGAUAGUAUUUACAUCCUCAAUCCGAAAACUAGAGAAUAUGUCAUCCUUCCAGAGGCCCAAGGGUUUGGAGAGUGGCCCGAUUUAGUUAACUACGGCUUUGGUUUCAAUCCUGUUACAUUUGAAUACAAAGUGGUUAGAAUUUACCAACAGGAAGUUCUAGAUGAUGAUACUAGUUAUUACAAGUCUGAAGGUCAGGUCUACACAAUUGGGAAAGGGUAUUGGAGAAGUGCAGGACAUGUCAUGUACUGUUUUGAUUGCAGGCCAUAUGGGGUGAAUCUCUACGGAAAGCUUCAUUGGUUGGUUUCUGAUGCCGAGGGAGAUGAGUUAAUAUGUUCGUUUGAUUUGGACCAUGAGUUGUUUGAAUCAUUCCCCACGGCUCCUGGCUACACUGUGGAAUGUUAUAGGAAUUUGCGAAGUUUGGGGCUUUUUGGACGUUGUCUAUGUGUUUGUGAUAAUAAUGCAAAUAGUCAUUUCGAGGUAUGGGUGAUGAAAGAGUACGGAGUUACUAGUUCAUGGCUUAAAGAGAUUGUCAUAAAUAUAACUCCCGGAUGCAAUGAUUGGUUGUGCAAUGAAAUGAUAUAUCUGUUGAAAGUUUUGGAAGAUGGAGAGGUGUUGUUCUUGUGGCGUGACCCGCAUGGCUGGCAUGACGAUUCCUUAUUCUUGCACCACCCUGUGAAGAAAAUUUCGAAAAAGCUUGAUGUAUUUGCAGAGAACAUCUUAGCAUGUGGCCAUAUAUCAACUUCCUUCUCUCUCAAGAAUUUUGGAGCAGAGACUGUGAAUGUCUUUUAGAUUGUCAAGAUUCAUGUAUUGUACCAUUCUGUUUUAUUUCUAAAUUUUUGUGACUCUCUUCGGAUUAAACAAGUUUGGUUAGUAAGUUUGUCUGGCUAACCAGUACCAAGGUGCCGUUUGGACAUGAUUUCAGAUAUCAAUGAUUUGAAAUCAUGUAGAGUUAAAGUUGAAAUUUCUCUUAGAACACAUGCAAUUUGAAUUUUCUAAUUUGUAUUUUUUCCUCACAAAUAUAAAGGUCCGACAAUUUGAGAAAACUAUCAAAACUCCCUCUACUCUUACGAUGAGCAAAUCAUAGUUCAUAAACAAGUUAUUUGAAUACCCUAAGGGGUCGUUUGGUAGAGUGUAUAAGAAUAAUACUAAAUAAGGUGUAUUAGUAAUGAUUGUAUUAUUAAUGCAAGUAUUAGUAAUGCUGA